AUGUCCAAGGGUGAGCCCUCGGGCGACUUUGGAGAAUAUGAGAAGCACCAUGCGUACGUCGAGGAGCAUAUCCUCCAGAAUAGCAGUCGCCAGGCCCAGCCGGCGGCUAUUGGAUUCCAGGGCUACAUUGUUCAGACGUCCGAACCAUUCACGGGCUUUCAUCACAUUGUGAUUGCCUAUUGCUUGCUGGCUUUUCUCCUAAUGUACCCAUUCGUUGUGUUUGGACGCCAUCUUCAUGUUGUGAGGAAACGCCGUCAAUCGGAAUCGAUACAAGCAAGCGGAAAGGCACUGCCUAACAAAAGCCAACAAGAUGAGAACUUUGUCUCUCCACCCGGAAGCGAACUGACUUCAGCAGUCCCGGCUAAUCCUCCUGCCAAGGGAGAUAACAACAACAACAACAACAAUACUAAUGGAACGGUCCACGCUGCCAUUCUCUUGCCGCCGAAUCCAGAGAGCAGGUCAGUGUGCAGCGCUCCUCAAAUGGAAGAAAGCGAAAAAGGAAAAGAACCAAUUCCCGUGACACCCACAACCACCAAGAGUACCCUCCAGGACGAAACGGAUAGGACCACAGAAUCAGCGGCUCAGAUGCCAAGCGUUCCUCUACCACCUCCUAUCGAAGUCGGAAGGAGAACACAAACCCUCCUCGCAGCGCAACAACCCUCCGUUCGAUCGUCGCAGCCCGCACGUCAAACAUCGCAAGUGGCCAGCAGUAGUGGACUUCUCAGUCGAAAUCUCAGUGCGGCAACUACGGGGCGGUUGUAUACCAUGUCGGCAACAGGAAGAUCGUCGGCAGCCUGGCCUCGCCGGAAGCACUCUCGUCGUCCCUCGGGAGAUCCGUCCUGGCAGUGGCGAAGAGCCAUUCAAACCGAAAGGCGGCAUCUCAGUAGGCGCCUCGAGAGAUUGUCGCAACAGGUUGCCAAUGGCCCUGCUGCCAGUAGUAAUACAAUGUCUCGUCUCAAGAGCAGUGCGGCGGGGUUGAAAAUGUCGGGUUUGGCCAAUAGUGUGUUGGAUGCCGAGUCCAAAGAACAGCAGACGAACCAACCACAACAGCAGCAGCAACAACAACAACAACAGCAACAACGAUCCUCCAAGGUUUCACCUCAUCAGCAGCCGCCUCCGGUGACUGGAUCCGUGGCGGCGUUUUAUGCGCGAAAAGCCAUGGCCAUUCGACAACGGCAGUCUGCUGCCAAACAACAAUCCUCGCAAUUCAUGAGGAGGCCUUCGUUCAGUGGAAGUGCUCGAAGUGGAAGUCUCCGAAGUUGGAAUGAGAAUGGUGGCAAGUACGGAUAUCCUUCUUCCAUCAUGUCCAGCAUUGUGGAUGACAUUUCUCCCAAUGAUGCUGCGGAUGCGGACGACCCGGGUAAAGUAAGGUACUUUCCUGGAUCACCCGAAACUGCUCAUGCCCACCGCACACCCUUGGCGGCUGCAUGUUGCAUGGCUAUGGAACCUUGGUUGGACGUUGCCGAACUCAACGAGGAAUGGAAACGGAUGAUGGGGCUGGCCUUUCCCGUCACUGUUGGUGCUCUCGUAGAACCGGUUACUAGAUGUUUCCUCAUUGUCAUCUUGUCGCAGUUUGUGGGAACCCAUGCCAUGGUCGCAUUCUUAUUGGUUCAGCUCCUCUACCGAAUGACUGGCGAAAUUCUAUCGGUUGCCAUUACAGAUGCCGAGUCGACGCUGGUUCAAUUGGCUCUAACCAGUACGGCUACGAACAACAACGCAGAGGGCGAGAACAAUAACAACAACGGCCCCAGCACUUUCACCCGUGAAGGAUACCUGUUGGCUGGGCAAUACGUGCAGCUGUCUUGCAUCCUGCAGGCCGUCUUGGUUGGAACGGUGCUCAUCCUAUGGUACACUUGGAUGGAUGAUGUCUUGCUGUGGUUGGUCGAUUCUGUGGAGAUUGCAGCCUUGGCACAGCAGUAUUUCGAGAUCAUUUUCGUGUUGUUCUUGGUGCAAGCCAUCUAUCGCACCGUCAUGGUCCCCUGCCAAAUUCGUGGUUCAGUCCAUUCGACAACUGAGACCAUCAUGGAUGUAUGCGUAGCAUCCCUGACCUUGAUUGCUAUUCUGAUAGUUUUGUCAACAACAUCCAGCAUCCCCAAAGAAUACCCUGACCAAAUUGACAAUGAAGGCGAUGACAACGUUUACACCCCUCAAGACCGACUCGAGGAGAGUCGGACUGCCCUGAUAUCCGUUGCGUGGAUCCAAGUCAUUGUUGGAAUUGCAUCCUGUGUCUUGAAGGUGACGUACUGUGUGGUCAAGGGGUGGAUGGAUCACUUCUGGGCGGGCCUUCUGCGCAGCGUUGCAGUACUGAACUUUGGAGCGAUGUGUAACCUUGUACUUUCCUCCAUACCUCUCAUAAUGGGGUCUUUCCUGGAAUUGGGAGAAGUCGAUCUGCUUACACUCUUCCUCCAGACAUUGGGCCCUGCUGAAGUUGCAACGUGGGCUAUCAUGGGAAGCAUCUGGGAUGUUUUGGAGGCGUCAACCGAAGGCAUCAGCGAAGCUGCAGCCAUUCGGGUGGCGUUUCACUUGUCAGCCUCCCAGCCCUCGCUAGCAAAGAAAUUGUCCCACAAAGCCUUGUUCUGGACUGUUGUCAAAGCGUUAAUCUUGACAUCGAUUCUGUUACUGUCUGGAAGGCACUUGAUUGUUGCUCUGACGGUUGACUACACCCUCCAGCAUCUCCUUGAUUCACUUUUGGGUCUAAUGGUUGGUGACGAUGCCAGUGGCAUUAAUCUUCAUCUAUGGACUAAACUACGACGAAGUGUCGGUGGCAGGCGCACUAGCAAUGGGUUCUGCAACCUGUGCUUGUGUUUUGGCAUCUGUUCUCUUCAGUAG